UCCACACCCUUCCUCAUUUACUAGCUUUCCUUGUUAUCUCUCUUUUUGUGUAAAAUUUCUCCUGCUUUCCUUCGUCAGCUCUAUUGGGGGGCGCAUAUUCAUUAACAUUGAAACUGGAAGCAUGGUGUUUCCAAUGGUGUUUCUCAAGAUUAUGGACUGGGUGGUGUACCAACUAUUGGCCAACUCAUGUUAUAGAGCUGCAAGGAAGAUGAGGAACUAUGGUUUCUUUCUGAGGAACCCUUCUCUUAGAACAUCACAACAAUAUCCCUUGUUCCCUAGUGUGACCAAAUGUUGUUUGGAGGGCAGAGGGUCUCAUACUUUGGUCUGUGACAUUGAUGGAGCUUUGUUAAGAUCCCAGUCUUUCUUUCCUUAUUUCAUGUUGGUUGCUUUUGAAGGUGGUAGCAUUUUCAGAGCAUUUCUCUUGCUGCUAUCUUGGCCCUUUUUGUGGGUGCUGGACUCUGACCUCAGAUUCAGGGUAAUGAUUUUCAUUUCCUUUUGUGGGCUUAGGUUGAAGGACAUGGAGAGUGUUGGAAGGUCUGUUUUGCCUAAGUUUUAUCUUGAGAACCUCAACCUUCAGGUCUAUGAGUUAUGGGCUUCAACUGGCUCUAGGGUUGUCUUCACAAGUGUCCCUAGAGUGAUGGUUGAAGGCUUUCUCAAGGAAUAUUUGAGUGUUAACCAUGUUAUAGGAACUGAGUUGCAGACUGUUGGGCAAUAUUUUACUGGUUUGCUGUCUGGUUCUGGUUUGCUUGUAAAGUGCAGUGCUCUCAAGGAAUUCUUUGGAGAGAAAAAGCCUGAUAUUGGCCUUGGAAGUUCAAGCCUCCAUGACCACCAUUUCAUCUCCUUGUGCAAGGAAAGUUAUGUGGUGACCAAUGAGGACAGUAAGAGCAGCGCAAGUUCAGUGAUGACAAGGGACCAAUACCCAAAGCCUCUGGUGUUUCAUGAUGGAAGGUUAGCUUUCUUGCCCACCCCUUGGGCAACUCUUUCCAUGUUCUUGUGGCUUCCUCUAGGCAUAGUCCUAGCCAUCUAUAGAGUUUGUAUUGGCAUCUUCCUUCCCUACAAGAUGGCCAAUUUGUUGGGUGUUUGGAGUGGUAUUGACAUAAGGCUCAAAGGGAAUGACAUUAAGUCAGAUAAUAAUAGAAAAGGGGUUCUCUAUGUUUGCUCACAUAGGACACUCUUGGAUCCUGUUUUUCUGUGUACAACCCUGGGGAAGCCCUUGACUGCAGUCACAUACAGCCUAAGCAAGACGUCUGAGAUUAUAGCUCCAAUAAGAACAGUUAGGUUGACAAGGGACAGAAAAAAAGAUGGAGAAACCAUGCAGAGGUUGCUGAGUGAGGGUGAUUUGGUGGUUUGCCCUGAAGGAACCACAUGCAGAGAGCCUUAUCUCUUGAGGUUUAGCUCUUUGUUUGCCGAGUUAGCUGAUGAGAUUGUUCCUGUUGCCAUGUACACACAUGUGACCAUGUUCUAUGGCACAACUGCAAGUGGUUUGAAAUGCCUAGACCCCAUCUUCUUCCUCAUGAACCCUAGGCCAAGCUACCAUGUUCACGUCCUUGGGAAAUUGCCCAAGGAACUCACAUGCGCUGGAGGGAGACCUAGCUGUGAAGUGGCGAACUACAUUCAAAGACAACUGGCUGAUGCUUUGGGCUUUGAGUGCACCACUCUUACAAGAAGGGACAAGUACAUGAUGCUUGCUGGGAAUGAAGGGGUGGUCCAGAACAAGUGAAAGGAAAAAAUACCUACUAGCUACCCCACCAAAUAUAUCACCUUCCCACUAAUGGCCUUCCCAUUUUACUUUCCUUUUUCUUUUUUUCCAUGGGCAAAUUUUUGUUAUUAUAACUGUUGUUUCUCAAUGAUAUAUGAGGGAAAAUCUUAGAUGAUAUUUCUUAAUAUAUGCAUAUGUGUAGCAAAAGGGUACAAUCUCCAUAAUGAAGGGUCUUUUUAUUUUUUA